GGAUUGACGAGGGACAAGAGUCAUUAAUGAAGGCAUUCGAGGGCGGGAAGGGGAGAGAGAAAGACCGGUGCAUUGUCACCAAGGACCUUGGAAUUCAGAGUAUCGGAAUGCUAUAAAAGCGCUUUGUAUAGCAUGACACCACAUUACUACAUCCCUUCUUCCCAACCUCCCGCGGCCAGUUUUGUUGUUUUUCCGACGACAAUAACUGAUUCGAAUUCUGGAAGCAAUGUUCGCUCGGUCACCAGCCAACCUCGCCCGCCCACGAAAUGGGGAGGCUGACCAUUCCAUAAAUAAUUUAGGUGAUGAUAAAGCUAUGUCAGCCGCUAUGCUGCACAAGUGCUUAUAUGCCAGCAGCAGUAGGUAGUACUGCUCUUAUACCCUUUGCAACCCGACCGCCGAGUCGUUCGCGAACAAGUCCGCCACUGUCCUUACUCGUCAGCGCUCGCGAAAAUGUCUUCCAUUCUGCACACCUUUGCCCUCUUUCUUCGCAAAUUCUCGUCAUUCGUUAUAGGACUGUUCCACUUGUUCUUCGGUCUCUUUACCCGUGGAAGGCAAGCGACUCAGGAAUCCAAUACACCAGGAACUGAGGGCCGGAGCUUCUUCACUAUCGUUCAACUUGUUUCAUCCCAGAAGCCGAAAGGGUUGAAGCCUUUCGUGCUGCCAAAGAAUGUCGUCUUGCGGCAGCUUGAAGAAGCCAGAUGUAAGACUACCCAAGGCCGAGAGAUGGCAUCGUCGACAAAUUUCAGUGACCCGGAGCUUGGUCGUUGUAAUGUCGUCAAUCUUCGGGGAUCUCCACAACUAUCUCAUCCCCUGUUCGAUCGCCCGGAAUUACCUAUGCCUUCGUUUUCUCCUCUCUCAUCCUAUGCAUUCCCGAAGCAUUAUUCCGAUGAAUAUGUGUUCCGCAGCUCUUGGCCACCUAUCUUGGGCACGCAGCUACAGCCCGGCAAGAACUCGCUUCCCUGCGAUGCAGACCUAUCAACAUCCCUGUCAUCUGCUUCCCUCAAAGUAUGGACCAGUUCUCCUCAAGGCAAACAAUUGCGCUCGCCUACUCAUCCGAACUGCUCCUACUCGCCGAGUGCAGGAGAGAAUCGGUUCGCUUCUCCAUUCGGUGACAGAGGCAGCACAUACUUCGCUCCAUACUUCAAAGGUGUCCCUUCUGUCGCAUCUGCAUCUGAUCUACUCGACUUCUCGGUCUACACUAGCUCCCCGCGUGUCAACGUGGAUUACUCCUCCGCCAUUGAUGCUUCCGGUGACAUCCAGCCGCCGGAGAAACUGAGGUUCAAGAGCUCUACUAUGAUCUACGACCCCGCUAUCCGAGAGGUGUUCACGCUACGUCCUAGCUACGGCACACGUACUCCGGGGAGUGGAGGACGCAACUUCCGGAAACUCGUUUCAUCCACACCCUCUUUGUCAUCGAUCUCAUCCGUUUCCGACUGGUCGCCGUCCGGUCUCUUUACAAGUGUGGGUGAACGAACAUCUUCCUCUCCUUGCACGACGCACACAAGAUCCGUCUCGGCUCUGUGUAUCUCCGGUUCUUGCGACCUGCCCGAUGCUGAAAUUGGCGGGAAUCACCCUAGCUCCGUUCCACGGGUCUCUGUCCGCCAUGUAGGAUUUUCUGCGAAGAAGAGCAUCGUUCCAAACACCGUGUCUUGCCCUGACAUACCUUAUUCUAUCGUUCGUGCCACCACUGGUGAGGGUGAAGUUAUCAUUUCUUAGUACUGUAUAGUUGUAGUUGAUUGUGACGUGAAGUUUGUAUGAUCAUUUCCCAGACAUAUCAAGAGUAGCUAUAUAACAUGAGCGGAUGUUCGUGAGUACAGUUUGAGUGGAC